AUGGAAUCGUUAGCAUCAAAUCUUAUUCCAACCAAACAAUCGAUCGUUUCUUCAACAUCGAAACGAAAUAAACGUUCUGUAACAAUUUUACCUCCAACGCUCGCCACAACGAUAGAUAAAAAAACCAAAAAACCUUUCAUUUUAGAAUAUUCCGUUCAUUUGGCUUCUAAUAGGUUUAAUAGAGAACUCAAAUGUAUUUUUCCUCAAGUUGAAGAUAUUGAAAAAUGUCUCGUUAUACCAACUUUUCUAAAAUGUGAACAUGAUUUAGUUGGUAUUGGUGCUGUUAUAGAUCACGAAAAAGAUGAAAAGCUUGAAGUU